AUAGAUUCUCUCCCCCAUCAACCUCUCCUAUCUCCACUCCCAUCUCCAUCGCUCUUCUUCAUCUCUCAGGAUGUUCAGGAGCGCCCUUCAAAAAUCCGCCGUCCGGGCUUCACGGAGCGCCUUCAGACCAGCUGUCUCCACUGGUUUAAGAGCUUCUGCUGCUCGGUUUGCGAGCGACAGCGCCAUCCAUGGCAAGAUUCACCAAGUUAUUGGUGCCGUCGUCGACGUCAAAUUCGACACCGACAAGCUCCCUCCCAUUCUCAAUGCCCUCGAGACCAUGAACGGUGACCAGAAGCUGAUCCUUGAGGUCGCGCAACAUUUGGGAGAGAAUGUCGUCCGAACAAUUGCUAUGGAUGGUACCGAAGGUCUCGUCCGUGGUCACCGUGCAACCGACACUGGAGCCCCCAUCACGGUGCCAGUCGGUCCAGGAACCCUCGGUCGUAUCAUGAACGUUACUGGUGACCCAAUUGAUGAGCGUGGACCCAUCAAGGCCACCAAGAGACUCCCCAUCCACGCCGAUGCCCCUGCCUUCACUGACCAAUCCACCGCUGCUGAGGUCUUGGUCACCGGUAUCAAGGUCGUCGACCUGCUCGCCCCAUACGCUCGUGGUGGAAAGAUCGGUCUCUUCGGAGGUGCUGGUGUCGGAAAGACUGUGUUCAUUCAGGAGCUGAUUAACAACAUUGCCAAGGCUCACGGUGGUUACUCCGUGUUCACUGGUGUCGGAGAGCGUACUCGUGAGGGUAACGAUCUGUACCACGAAAUGCAGGAGACCCAAGUCAUUCAACUUGAGGGCGAGUCCAAGGUCGCGCUGGUCUUCGGUCAGAUGAACGAGCCCCCGGGAGCCCGUGCCCGUGUUGCUCUUACUGGGCUUACUAUCGCUGAGUACUUCAGAGAUGAAGAGGGUCAAGAUGUGUUGCUCUUCAUUGACAACAUUUUCCGAUUCACCCAGGCCGGUUCCGAAGUGUCUGCUCUUCUUGGUCGUAUCCCAUCUGCCGUCGGUUACCAACCCACCCUCGCCGUCGACAUGGGUCUCAUGCAAGAGCGUAUUACCACCACCACCAAGGGUUCCAUUACCUCCGUGCAAGCCGUCUACGUGCCUGCUGAUGAUUUGACUGACCCUGCCCCUGCCACCACCUUCGCCCACUUGGACGCCACCACUGUGUUGUCCCGUGGUAUCUCCGAGUUGGGUAUCUACCCUGCUGUCGACCCUCUUGACUCCAAGUCUCGUAUGCUGGACCCUCGUGUUGUUGGUCAAGACCACUACGAGACCGCCACCCGUGUUCAACAAAUGCUCCAAGAGUACAAGUCUCUCCAGGAUAUCAUUGCCAUUCUUGGUAUGGAUGAAUUGUCUGAGGCCGACAAGUUGACCGUCGAGCGUGCACGAAAGAUCCAAAGAUUCCUGUCCCAACCUUUCACUGUUGCCCAAGUCUUCACUGGUAUUCCCGGUGUGCUUGUUGACAUCAAGGACACCAUCGCUUCCUUCAAGGCCAUCAUGAACGGAGAGGGUGAUGACCUCCCAGAAGCCUCCUUUUACAUGGUUUCCAACUUCGAGGCCGCGAGAGCCAAGGGAGAGAAGAUUCUCGCUGAUCUCGAGAAGUCAUCAUAGAUGGGUAGUUUAACGGGGGAGUACCGUGUGUAUAGUUUGCAGUGGGGGAAGGAAAGGGAUGGGUAGC